GUUCGUCGCUUGACGCGGUAAGAGAUCUUUCGUUUUUGCUUGCGGUGGUCCAGAACCGGAAUUCGGGUUCUGUUCUUUCAUUUUUUUUUUUUGGCUGAUUGAAUGUAAUUAGUUUCGAAAUGCGGUUGCUUUACGGAGCUGUACUUUUGGCGGUUUGGGCCUUUGCUGGGGUCCUGGCCGUUAAGCCAUCGCCCCAAAUUGACUUUACCGAAGUCGAAGAUUUGAAUGAUAAUCGUGGAUUUGUGAGUGUGUACAAAAAUUAUCCCAAAAUUCAAGUGACCGUUGAUACAUCCAAAUUGAAACGGGUGUCUCAGCCGGAAAGUGAAGACAGCAGUUCCGGAAGUUCCGGUAGUUCCGGAUCAGAAUCAGUGGAAAGGCCAUCGGUUGGUGUUAGAACUGAUAUCACGAUUGAAAUUUCCGAAGAAGCCAUCAAUGAAACAAACACAGUAGAUGGGCGGGUAGACCUGGGGAAGAAAAAUAAUAACGGGAAUGGAUCGAAAAAGGGCAAGGGGAAAGCCAAUCAGGACGACGAGGAGGAAGACAGUGAAGAUGGUGACAAUGCAAGUGUGCCAGUUUUCAAGGGGAUGGCAGGUGUUCCGACGAAACCGACCAAAACUCCCAGACCUUCGACAACUGGUAGACCGGAAAUCACUCUAAAUGGCGAUAAACCUAAGGAUGUUCCACCGUUUAUCUACAAAACCGACGAACGUCGACAUGGAGGAGGCAAUUAUGACGGUUGGAAUCGGUUCCAUCCGAGUAUCGCCGGUUUCUGGACUACGGAACGUCCAUACUAUCGGAGAAUCGAUUAUGAUCAUAAAGGCACCCCCAUCUAUGUUCCGUAUCACGUGAGUCAACACCACCCAGACCCACCACCUCCUUCCGGGGGUGGAAGCAGCAACAGCGGAAUCAACUGGCAAAAAACCUGCUACUGUAACGUUUAUCCUUCAUCCGGUCACAGCUAUCAUCACGGGUCACAACAAGAGCCAACUCCUCCAUCGGUACCGCACAAUCCGUGGGACCGGGCACCUUCGAAUCCCGUACUUCCAACACCAUAUUCAAAGCGAAAAAAUGUUGACAACAAGGUGGACCUCCCAUAUAAACAACACCACGAUUAGAUGCAACUUUUUAUUUCACGGGGAGGUUAUUAAUCAUUUUUAAAUAUUGUUGUUCUGUUCCGGUUGCUUACCGUUUCAAUCACGAAAGGUUCGAUUUUUUUAUCGAGCAACAGUGUAAGUCAUAUUUUAUAAGAUUGUAAGAAUGUAGCAGUUGUAAGUGUUUUUUUUUCAAUUGCAUCUUCCA